AUGCCAGUCACCAACUUCUCCCACCCCGAUCCUUACACCUACCAGAAUGGUUUCGACUCGUAUCAUGAGUCGGAAGCUAUCGCCGGAGCUCUUCCGGUAGGGCAGAACUCACCCCAGAAAGUGGCGCAUGGCCUGUACGCCGAGAAACUGUCCGGAACAGCUUUCACGGCCCCCAGGCAUGAGAACAGGCAGACCUGGGUCUAUCGUAUCCUUCCUUCAGCAGCACAUGAGAACUUUGUGGAGGAGAAUGCCGACUCCUAUCAUACUCGCAUGACCACCGAGACACACAAGCUGCACCACAUCCCCAAUCAGCUACGGUGGAACCCCUUCGACUUGGACGAGAAGGUGGAUUGGGUUCAUGGCCUUCACCUGGUCGCUGGGGCGGGCGAUCCUACCCUAAAGCAGGGAUUGGGGAUCAUCCUGUAUGCUGCGGGGAAGGACAUGGGCAAGGAGGCCUUCUACUCGGCGGACGGAGACUUUCUUAUUGUGCCACAACAUGGUGUGUUAGAUAUCCAGACGGAAUUGGGAAGACUCAUAGUUCGUCCCAACGAAAUCUGUGUGAUUCCGCGUGGAGUCCGAUACCGGGUAACUCUACCCACAGGCCCUGUCCGGGGAUAUAUCUGUGAGCUCUACCAGGGCCACUACCAACUUCCCGAGUUGGGCCCCAUUGGCUCCAACGGCCUGGCCAGUGCCCGCGACUUCCAGGCCCCUGUGGCGUCCUUCGACGACGACGAAACCGAGUACCGUCUGUACAGCAAAUUCGCCAACUCGCUCUUCUCAGCCCGUCAAGACCACAGCCCAUUCGACAUUGUCGCCUGGCACGGUAACUACUAUCCCUACAAGUAUGACCUGGGCCGCUUCAACACCAUCGGAUCCAUCUCUUUCGACCACCCGGACCCCUCCAUCUUCACCGUCCUCACUGGCCCUUCGGACCACGAGGGUACCGCCAUCGCCGACUUUGUGAUCUUCCCGCCACGGUGGUUAGUGGCGGAGAAGACGUUCCGGCCGCCAUGGUACCAUCGGAACACUAUGUCCGAGUUCAUGGGGUUGAUCACCGGGAACUACGAUGCGAAGACGGGCGGAGGCUUCCAACCGGCCGGAGCGAGUCUGCACAACGUGAUGAGUGCGCAUGGACCCGACUCGGAUGCUUUCGAGGGAGCUAGCAAUGCGGAUUUAAAACCGCAGAAGGUCGGGGACGGUAGUAUGGCAUUUAUGUUUGAAAGUUCCCUGAUGGUUGGAGUGUCGGAAUGGGGACUUAAGACCUGCCAGAAGGUGCAGGAAGAGUACAAUAAGCACAGUUGGCAUCCUUUGAAGAGACAUUUCAAGAACCCGAACAAGGCUUAG